AUGAGUGUUCACAAACUCCUGGUUAUUAGAGAUUCAGAUUUGUUGAUUCAUCAUGUUCAAGGAGAAUGGGCUUUAAAGAACGCAAAAACCACACCGUAUGUGCAAUAUAUACAGAAGUUGUGCAAGAGAUUUUGCAAGAUUGAGUUCAGACACGCUCCCGGGACACAGAAUGAGUUGGUUGAUGCUCUUUCCACCAUCGCCUCAAUGAUUAAAAAUUUAGAUACUGAUUAUAUUGGUCCUCCGGAUAUAGAGCUGAAAGAACAUCUGGUCCAUUGUUUACACGUUGAAGCAGAACUAGACAAUUUGCCAUGGUAUUUUGAUACAAAAAAGUAUUUCGAGUCCGAAAUUUAUUCUGAAGAUGCAACAUCCAACCAGAAGAAGUUGAUACGCCGUAUGGCUCUCAACUUCUUUCUAAGUGGAGAAGUCCUUUACAGGAGCACUCCAGAUUUAGGUCUUCUUAGAUGUAUCGAUGUUGUUGAAAUUGUGAAGCUUAUUGAACAGAUACAUGCUGGAGUCUGUGUUGCUAUUGAUUACUUUACCAAGUGGGUGGAAGCAGCUUCGUACAAGUCGGUGACCAAGGAAGUUGUAGCUGAUUUUGUUCGCAAUAAUCUCAUAUACAGGAUUGGAGUAACAGAGUCUAUCAUUACUGAUAAUGAUGCUAAUCUCAACAGUCACUUAAUGAGAGAUAUACGUGAUCAAUUAAGAUUACUCACCGAGACUCAACCGCUUAUUGUCCUUAAAUAA